UCUCCGCCCAAGCUAACUCCAGGGAGCUCCGCCCAAGCCAGCGGUACGAUUCCAGCAGCCUACCCCGAUACACGGGGAGAUGGUCAAGUAACCUCAUGUCGUUCAGCAGACCGAGUUGAGCUUAGACUUUUGGCUUUUUAAAAGGGUAUAAAUCAGUGUGAUUAUUCGGCCUUUGGAGCAUAAACUGCAUGGACCGAUAUCAUGACCAAUGUCGCUGCAGAGUUUUUAAGUGUCCAGAUCCCUGGUCCGGAUCACGACCACAUAAAAUGCGGGGAAACUAGUACUAGGUAAAAUUACACAACACAACCCACCGCUACCACCAUCAUGAUCGCGUGUAUUACUGCGGGAAGGACCAAGUGUUCUGCCAGAUGUGUCCGUCUGGCUGGUCCCUCUAUGAUGGCAGUUGCUACAAGCUCUACACUGACGCUAAGACCUACUAUGAAGCACAACAAGUCUGUAAACAAAUGGAUGGGGACCUGGCAAUGGCUAAAACCACCCCAGUCAAUGACCUCUUGGCUAGAUUACUCACAUCAGAAGGUGUUAAUGCAGCUUUACUUGGUCUUCAUGAUCUAGCCACUGAGCAAGCAUUCUAUUGGGUCGAUGGUACAGCACUCACAGCUGCCGGUAGCACAUCUCAUUGAGGUGCCGGCGAACCCAGCGAUGAUUCAGGGGGAGAUGAUUGUAUUGAACUCAAAGAUGAU